GUGUUUGUGUCUUGAAAUCUGGUUGGUUGCACUUACAUGCAACAGCAGUCUCUCCCAUCUGUAAAUAUUUUGACUGUUUUAUAAAUUAUGUUUACCAUCUAUUUCUAUCAUUUAUUUUUACUUGGAAAUUUGCAUUCAUUAUGUUGUUUCAGUUAUGUGAGACUCUAUUCAGAAUAUGAUCAGCUCUUCAAUGUUGUAUUUUGUCGCUAAUGCAAAUAAAGAAAAGAAAUUAUCAUUUUCCAUUCGUUUAAAAAAAAAUGAAUCAGUAGUAUCGUGCAUGGUCAACUAUGCUCAUUGGACAGCAAAGCAAACUGUAAUUUUAUGAGCUGCAUUCAGAGUCUGUGGCUGCACGACAAGCAGGUCACAUCUAAAUAUAAAUGAGUUCGGUUUACAAACAGCACAACACCAGACCCAGCCUGACUGCGUAAGAGCUGCAUCUGCCCUGUGAGACACCACAACACCUGACAUUAAACAGCGCAGUUAGCGGAUCAUGAAAGUCUCUGGUGCAUAAGCUUAGUGAACCAAGUCAGUUGAAAAGGGUCAUGGAUAGUAUUGAUGAAAUGGAUGAAGACCAGCUCAUUGAAUAUGCAAUUCAGCUGAGUGUGCAGGAGACGUGCAAACAACCAGCCUCAGUACAAAUGCCAUGCUUACAGACAACCAGUGACAAAUAUUUCAAAAUCACAACUGCCAUUGACAAAGGUGACGAAUACACCCUGCAGGAGCUCUCCAAGUUCACGGCUGCCUUCAGCGAGGUGGAUGGGGCUGGGUGCUUGCCUCUUCACAAGGCAGCCAUCCAGCCCAAUCUCCAGGUGCUGUGGACAGUGCUGAAUGCUUCUUACAAGCUGACCUUGGAGGAGAUGACGGGGGAGGGGGAGACGGCUCUGACGCUGGCCAUCCAGGCAGGACUCUUGGAGAACAUGAUAGUCCUACUGGAGCACGGAGCAUCACCACACAACACCAACAGCAAGAAUGAGUCUCCACUGCUGCUAGCUGUGAGAAUCGGGUCCCAGGAAAUGGUUUCCACCCUACUGAGAAACAACGCCCUUGUGGAUCAGAUCUGCCUGAAGAAGUGGACCGCCAUGCAUGAAGCAGCCAAGGUGGGCUGCAGCGAUAUCAUGAUGCUGUUGAUUAGGAAUGGGGCCGACAUCAUGCAAACUAAUGGCCAUGGGGUGAGCCCCCUGGGGGUAGCAGCAGAGUACGGCCACGCCGAGGUGCUGGAGAUCCUCGUCCACAAAGGUGCUGAUGUCAAUGCACGGGCCUACAAUGGAGAGACCGUGCUGUAUGACGCAGCUGGGUCAGGGAAUCCGGACUGCAUCAGGCUUCUCGUGCAGUAUGGAGCUGAUCCCGAUGCAGCUAGUGUGAGCGGGCACCUCCCUAUCCACCGGGCAGCUUACCAGGGACACUACCUGGCUCUACAGAUCCUGAUUCAAAUAACCUCUAGAUUCGCUAUUUUGGACUGCGGUCAGAGUCCUGUUCAUUCAGCAGCAGACGGAGGCCAUGUCCAGUGUCUUCAACUGCUCAUUGAGAAUGGUUUCAACGUCAACACGCUCCUGGAAAAACACGUCUCAGAGAAUUACGGGGACAUGAGGAGAAGUCCACUGUACUUUGCCGUCUCUAACGGGGACGUUACCUGCAUUGAGAUGCUGCUCAAUGCCGGCGCAGAACCGGACCAUGACCCCCUGCGCUGCCUCCUAGUGGCCGUCCGGGCUGGGAGGCACGAGAUUGUGAGGCUGCUUCUAGCCAAUCAGGCGGACGUGAACUGCUACUUCACGGUGGUCAGCAACACAGUUUUUCCCACGGCGCUGCAGUACUGCCUGAGGGACGAGAUGAUGAUGCGUUUGCUCCUGAACAAUGGAUACGAUGCCUACAGGUGCUUCUGCUGUAACCAUGAUCACAGCUGGGAUAUGUACAUUCCCUGGAGCUAUAUCUCGUCCUAUCAGAUAUACCGCUGCAAAGAAAAAAUGCCUUUCUGUGACUUCAUCAGCUCAGCCUGGCUGAAGGACGUUGCGGGAAAAGUGGUCAGGAUUCUUGUGGACUACGUCAGUCAUGUGACCAUCUGUUCAAAACUGAAACUGAUCCUGGAAAAGCAAAGGGAGUGGCCUGAAAUCUGUAACAUACUGGGGAACCCGCGAUCGCUGAAGCACCUGUGUAGACUGCUGAUCCGUAAGCAGGUGACCAUGACGAGGCUGUGUGAUUCCAGCAUCAUGAACGAUGCCCCAUUUCCACCCAGACUCAAGGACUACCUGCUGUACAAUGAAUAUGAUCUCUACAGCAGAAUCUCCAGCUCAGACACAUGAAAUUUGCAUAAACAAAACUAGGCUAAAUUUGAAACUUGCACUGCAUGUUGACAUAGACUGCACAGUUUAUUACUAGCAAAAUUAUAACAAUAUUCUUGAAUGUUUCUUGUUUUUAAGCAGUCCUUUUUGCUUCCUUAUUUCUGUAUGCAAAAUUUUACUUUCAGGUUUACUGAAACCCAGCUAAGUGGAUUGUGAGGAUGAUGAAUGUGAAUUUUAAGUUAUGUUUUAUUUCAGCCAGAAAUAACAAAUCCAGCCCUGGUUCCACUAGCUACUUUUGUUAUCAGUCAUUUAUAUCUCCUGCACCCAUUUUUAGUUCAGAAAUUAAAGACUUCAAAUCAAAGUUCACAAGGUUCAGAAUAUGCAUACAAGAAAAUAAAGGAUGUGUCCUGAUUUAUAUAUUUGGCUCCUCCCAACCAAAUUUGCCCUCCCCUUUGGACAGAGAGCUCAAUAAUAGGUAUAGAAUUUGGGGGAUUCUCAACUGUGGGGUAGUAAAAAGCAUUCAUUGUGCUUCAUUAAAAGCCACUUCUAUACUGUAAUAGAUUGCAGCAAGUCAUCAGCUGUCAUAGGUUCCAUCUAAAAAGACUCACGGUCUGAGUGGGCAUCAUGAGUGCCGAUUCAGGUGUCG